ACAGCCGGUUACGGGCUGAACUUGUGUAACGAGCUCGGGAGAGAAACCGUUCCCCCGCCGCGCCCCCGCUCCCUCCGCCCCCGGCGGAGCCCGCCCGUCUCCGCUCCUCCUUUGCAGCCAAUGGCACUAAGCGAGGUGGCUGCAUGUGGUGGCACGGACCCAGCGCCCAGGCUGGGAGGAGAGGAGAGGAGGAGGCGGCAGGCUCCGCUCGUCGCUCGCUCCCUUCUCCCGCUCCGGGCACCCCUCCCGCUAGCGGCGGCCAGCUGCACGCCGCCCUCUCCGAGCUCCCGCCCGGACCCUCCGCCCGCCGGUACCUGCAGCAUGGACUCGGACUCCGGGGAGCUCAGUGAAGGCGAGCUGCUCUCACCUGCAGGUCCUGAUUGUUUCAGUUCCAAGAAUCUUGCACUGCAAGCCCAGAAAAAGAUCCUGAGUAAAAUGGCAACCAAAACCAUGGCUAACAUGCUAAUUGAUGACACAAGCAGUGAAAUCUUUGAUGAGCUAUACAAAGUAACAAAGGAACACACAAGAAACAAAAAAGAAGCUCAUAAAAUUAUGAAGGACCUGAUUAAAGUGGCAAUAAAAAUUGGGAUCCUCUAUCGAAAUAAUCAGUUCAACCAAGAAGAGUUGGAAAUUGUAGACAAGUUCAGGAAGAAGCUGAACCAAACUGCCAUGACAAUUGUCAGUUUCUAUGAGGUAGAAUACACUUUUGACAGAAAUGUUCUUGCAGAACUUCUGAAUGAAUGCAAAGACCUUGUGCAUGAACUAGUAGAUCGGCACCUGACACCAAGAUCCCAUGGGCGUAUCAACCAUGUCUUCAAUCAUUUUGCAGAUGUGGAAUUUCUAACUGCCCUGUACAGCCUUGAUGGGGAUUGUCGGCCAUACCUCAAAAAGAUUUGUGAUGGUAUCAACAAACUACUUGAUGAGAAAGUCCUUUGAAACUUCACUUGUAAAGAAGCCAACCAAAAACUUCUAUCUAGAACUGGCCACCCUUCAUGAGCUAUGGUGAGCAUAGCAGCAUCCUUCUUAUCAUUCUCUUACUACAGUCUCCAGCAGGAGCCAGAACGUGCUCACUUGGCUCAUGAUGAGGUGGAAAACGUAAAUCAGAAAGCUAUCAGUUUUAAUGUUUUGUUCACAGACAAUUCAGUUUUUGCAAGGAGUGGAGUGAACAAGGUUGCUGGUAUACGUUUUUCAGAAACAGAUUGCUACUCAAUCUUACUAGCUUUGCGUUGGUUUAGUAUGUGAAAAGAAACUAAACUCAAACGCAUGGCUGUGUGAAAAUAGAUGGGAAGAGGCAAGAAAGCAAUGCAUAGAAUUUACCCUACGCUGCCCUGUGUGUGUGUGUGUGUUUUUAUUAUUUCCAUAAUAACGGAAAAGGCUGAAGACAAAGUAGAGCUAUAAUGGAUUAAGCUCACUCUUUUCCGAAAUCAACACAAGAAUGCACCUCUGAUUUCAUAUGUGAUUUUACAUAUGAUUUAAGUCUAAUAGGAGAUAACAAAUAAUACAAAUUGAGUAGAAGAAUGAGAAAGUUUAAAAAGCUGCUCUAAGAAGCAAUAUUCCUAUCUGAGAUUUUUGUUUUAUUCCUUCUAGUAAGAGAGAGAAGCUUCCAUUUUAAUUUUGAAAAGCAGCUCAGUGGUUCAAGCUCAAAGGUAACCAAGAAACUAGAUAAGGUAGCACAACGUUGGUUCCCCCACUCUCAGGUUUUGUGUAUUUGGUAAUUUCAAAUGAGUUUAGGCUGAAGGUUAUGGUGUUCUUUAUGCUUUUACUGUUUUGCCUGCCAGACCAAAAUAUCCUUGGUGAAGAUUCUGAAAUUGCACGUAUGAAGAGGAGUGCUACCAAGAAACCAGUGGAUCUAUAAAAGAAACAUUUACAUCUCAUGUCCACAAAAGAUAAUGUUCAGCCUAGGAAAAAUUCUUGGUGUAAUGUGUCUAUUAUAAUUAAUUUCUACUUACAGUAAAACACAAGAGUUGUGACAAAUAAGGAGCUCAGUCUGCUGGUCUUGCAGUGCCAUCUAAAUGUAGUCUAUCUACAGCCUUCCUAAGAGAACGCUACUGAGCUUCAUAAAGAACCUAUACAUUCUCAUACACACUUUAAAAUAAUGAUGAAUGCAAACAAACAGAAAUAAGGUGAAAAAAGAUACUGCCUAAAAUACCAUAGGGGUUUCUAUAGUAUAACACCUGAGGGAAGAUUCCCAUUAAAUAAUCUGCACUUGCAGAACACAAGAGAAGACCCUAUGAUCUAGUAUUUAACAACAGCUAAUUCCAGCUGUUACUAACCCUACAUAGUCUCUGGCAAAUCAUAACUUUCCUGUGGCUCAGUGUCACAGUCCAAGUCCUCCACUUUGCAAAGUACUCUGAAAUUAUGAGAACACAUCAAGUAAGAGCACAGCUCCUUGAUAACAAACCGAAAACUGAGGAUAUGCCAGUACUAAGGCAAUACUUAGAGAGGUCUGAACUGAACUUUGGGAUGCUUUUUGUGCUUGGGGAGAAGGGUGAAUAUGCUGGUGAGUCAUCUGAAGGCCAGCUUUAUUGUGGUAAGAUUUUUUGGAGUCAUUUUGCAAAUUAAACUCAUGUUGUACACAUUAAUCUGUGCUUAAAAGUACUAGAGAAAAUGCUUUAUAGCAUCACCUCUGGGAUGCAAAAUUUCCACUGAAGUAUGGCAAUAAGUAUCUGUUUAAGAGAACUCCCCUAAGAUAUCGAAGUUAGAGACAGAGCUAGAAUUGCCCUGAGCUAGAGGUGGUUGAAAUGUUUUCAGUGACUUUUUUUUAAAUAAAAUAUACUGGUGUGUUGAAAUUGAAAACAUUUUAUAAAGAAAUACUAGUUUCUGUAAAGUUUUGCUAGAAUUAAGGGAGACAAAUGGAGAAGCAGAGCAGAGCAGAGAUUACAGCUUGCGGCUUUCAAAAUCUUGCAGCUAGAUCAAACAUGCUGGCUGAGCCAAAGUAAAGAAAGCACAUUCAGAAAUCCCUCCUUUCCUUGCCCUCUAGGUCUUACCCUCCAGGCUUACCUCAAUCUACUGACACUUCAGUGUCAUGUAGCGUCUCCUUUUAGGUGACACAAAGGUAACAGAAAAUCUUGAAGGCAGGAGGUAACACUUGCUGUAUCGCAUACAUUAUAGGGACACACAUACUUUAAAAUUGCCAAAGAAAAGAAAAUGUAUUUGAAAGCUGUUUCUGUCUAAGAAAAACUUCCAGAGUUGAUCACCCAUUACCUCAGGAUAACAGAAAGCUGUAUUUUCCCAUUUAAACUCUGUUGAAUACUAUGAUAGUAGAGAAACUUUUCAAAACUGUAAUCUUAUUCAUCUUCGGAAUAACUAUGGUGCAUCUCUUGCAAGGACAAUCCAAAUUUUAACUAUUGCACUUGCCUUUAUAUAGUAGGGAAUACACAUAUCCGGAUCACAUAUUCACUGGGGUUGAGCUAGAAGCAUCUUUAUCUGUUCCAGGAGAACAGAUUUUGCAGCGUAGGAGACAGCAAAAAUGGCAGCACCAGGCAUUACCAGAGCAGUUUGCAAUUUUCCCAUCUAUUUCCCAUAAAAUUGCAAAACAUACAUUUAGUAGCAAUGAAUGUGGACUAUCCCCUUGCAGCACAGCACAGUGAGGAUAUACAUACAUUUGGGGUUAGAAGUCUGUUAAGAUUUGCCUUGCAAGGUUGCAAGUCUAGACAUUUGCCAGAGCCAUACUUACACGCACCAUUAGCUGCAUUCUUCCCCAGAGCAUGUACUUGUCAAUUGAUGCUUUUGAACAGUAUUUAUUGUAUCCAACACACCUGUCACAGUGCAUACGUGUCAGAUUUUGGGUGUUUGUUUCACUUGUGGCAAACAAAUAUGUAAGUGUUUUUUUUCUGAUUUUAAAAAAAGAAGACAUGAAUCAACAUUCAAGAUAUCCAAAAGGAAAGGGAUAUCCGGUGUAUGUGAUUUUCUUUUUGUGUGUUGCAACUAUCAAUAUUCAGAUUCUGAUAUUUUAGACCAACAGCCAAACAUCUGUCAUUUUAUUUAUAAAUCUGAGUAGCCUUAAGGAAGGAAAAUGUUUUGAAGUAUUUCUCAUAUUUGCAUAUCCUGUAUAAUCAUUGUUUACUUUGGUACUUGUGGCUUGGUAUGUAAUAACAUUGCUAAAAUAUUGGCAGUGUUCAGGUCACUCCAAGUAUAUGAUGCAUUAUCAUAUUUGUGGAUUAAAAAAAAAAUGUGUGAUUAGUGCCCCUUCUGUUUCCUUUUGAUUUAUUUAUUCUACCUUCCAAUGUAAAAGAGCAGUAUUUGCUUAAUCCACAGUAUUCAGUAUGCAGCUUUCUCUUUGUUUCAGUGUAUAGCCCAAACUUUUUUUUUAUUGAAUACAAUUCAAUAAACCCUACUCCAAAGACGACUCUA